CACCACCACUACACCACACAGCAUGCCCACUGUGCCGCUUACGCCCAAGGCGGCGUACCCCGCUUCCGCGCCGUUCGACUCCCAGACGCUCAAGGUGUCGGAGCUGCACACGAUCUACUUCUGGCAGGCAGGCAACCCGAAGGGCAAGCCAGUCGUCUUCCUCCGUUCUAGCCACGGCGGACCGGGCGGCGGAACCGGCCCAGACGACACGAUCUACUUCGACCCCAAGGUGUACCGCAUUGUGCUUAUUGACCAGCGCGGUGCGGGGCGGAGCGAGCCCACCGCCGAGCUGCGCGAAAACACCACGUGGGACCUCGUGGCGGACAUUGAGCGCGUGCGCGAGCAGCUCGGCAUCGCCAAGUGGCUCGUAUUCGGCGGGUCAUGGGGAUCGACCCUCUCCCUUGCCUACGCGCAGACACACCCAGACCGCACGGCCGCGCUCGUGCUGCGCGGUAUCUUCCUGCUGCGCAAGUCGGAGCUGCGCUGGUUUUACCAGGACGGCGCGAGUCACAUCUGGCCCGAGGCCUUCGAGCCCUACCACGAGCACAUUGCGCCCGCCGAGCGCAACGACCUCAUCAGCGCAUACUACAAGCUCCUCACGUCCGACGACAACGCGACCUCGCUCGCGGCCGCCAACGCGUGGGCCACGUGGGAGGAGAGCACGAGCAAGCUGUACCAGGACCCGGUGAUGGUUGCUCGUGCGACCAACGACCCCAAGUGGUCGAGGGCCUUCGCCCGCAUCGAGUGCCACUACUUUGUCAACAACGGUUUCUUCCCCGACGGCCACCUCAUCGACCAGGCCCAGUUGGACAAGGUCCGCCACAUCCCGAUCAUUGUCGUGCAGGGGCGCUACGACUGUGUCUGCCCGGCUCGCUCCGCUUAUGACCUCAAGAAGGCCUGGGGCGACGCCCUUCGCCUUUACAUUGUCGACGACGCAGGCCAUUCGGCCCACGAGGCCGGGAUCACCAAGCUGCUCGUGGCCGCGACCGACGAGUUUGGGGGCAGUGUGCAGUGGUAGGGCGCGUGCACGAAGCAUACACGCAUGAAUGAUGAUGAUGCAUCGGCAUGAGUUUUCGA